UGCGUUUUGGCACAAUUUGGUUCCAUCUUCCAUCAUAGUUCUCUUCUCCGAUUAGCACAGCCAUCACUUGUUGUUCGUCUUCCCUGAUUCAACCGUCCGGCACCGGCAGCAACGGCGAACCUAUCCACCGUUCCGCUCUUGCUGUCUCUGUAAUCAGGGAAAUGGGUUUCUGGACCAUAAUUGAGGGGUUCAUACUUCUUUCAAAUGCACUAGCAAUCCUAAAUGAGGACCGCUUUCUUGCACCUAGAGGAUGGGGCUUUUCAGAUCAUUUGGACCCAAGAACAAACACUGUCAAACGCAAGAUUAUAGGUUUAAUUUAUUUUUGUCAGUAUGGAAGAAUUCCUCUCAUAGUUAUCAACUCCAUCACCAUUAUUGCAAAGUUAGUUUUUGGAUGAUGCCUAGCAAGUUUCUUCAUUUGAUUGCAGGUUCAGGAAUUUUCGUCAGAUGGCUUCAAGUUGUUCUUAGGUGGGAAAAUUUGACAAAUUCUGUUGUAGAAAUAUGUCCUUACUUACCUUUCUAGAGUGAUAUUGAUCCAGUUAUGAAAUUUAUGGAUGUAAAAUCACGUUUGCAAUGGUGACAUAAGUAGUUAGAAAUGGGGAUAAUUGUGAUUAUGAUGACUUGAUGGUUAUGGUAUUUAUUUUCUUAAGAAUUAAUCACCCUCUUCCAA